AUGUCAAUUAAUCAUCAUAAUGAACUUAUUCGAGGAAUCUUAAUUGGUUCAACUGUUUCUCUUAGUUCAACAAUCUUAAUAUUAACUGUUUAUUUAUUAUAUCGUUAUAGAAAAGAAUUAUUUAAUAAGGGUAAUUAUUUCAAUACGAAAAAAAUAAAUAUUGAGAGAAAUCAACAAUCAAUUAAAAAUGAUUUAAAUAAUCAUACAAUAAAUAAACAAGAACGAGAAGGAGAAGAACAAGAAUUCGAUAAUGAAAAUAAAUCUUUUCAGAUUGGAACAAGACCAACAUUUAUUGAAGAACUUAUGAGAAAAAGUUUACAAUUAGCUAUUACCGCUGAAAUAAUUAAAGAUAAUCAACAACAAAAAACUAACUCGAUUUAA